GAAUGUCUUCUUCUCACAGUGAUGUCUUAUGACAGAUAUGUGGCCAUCUGUAAUCCCCUCCUCUAUUCUUCUAUCAUGACAAAAAAACGCUGUGUGACAUUGGCCGCCAUGUGUUGGGUGUUAAGUUUCUUUUUGGCAUUUAUUGCAACCUUAUUUACAUCAAAGCUGAUGUUUUGUGGACCAAAUGUCAUUGACCAUUUUUACUGUGAUCAAGUUCCCUUAUUGAAAAUUGCCUGUUCUGGGGUGUAUACUAUGGAGUUAGUGAACUAUAUACUGAGCGUUCCUGCACUCCUGAGCCCAAUCACGAUAAUUAUCAUAUCUUAUACUAAUAUUAUUGUCACCAUCUUGCGGUUUCAGUCCAGAAUCAGUAGACAGAAAGCCUUCUCCACCUGUAGCUCCCACCUCAUUGUAGUCAUCAUAUUCUUCGUUACUAUACUGAGUGUUUACGUUUUCCCAACAGAAGGACAAACCCUUAAUACUAGUAAACUCCUAUCUCUGCUGUAUACUGUAUUUACUCCAUUCAUCAACCCCAUCAUAUACAGUCUGAGGAAUAAGGAAAUCAAAAAAUCUCUGCAGGAAAUAUUCAAUAAAUUAAUAUCACGGUCGGCGUGA